UUCUUCAGCAUAAUUGAGCAAACACAAGUUUUCCUAAACCGACCUACACUCAUAUUUGAUAUUCUAUACCAUGAAAUCUGAUGCAAUCGAACCAAAAUCAGUAUUCGGCAAGUUGCGCCGGAAACUAUCUCCAAAAUUGAAGCCGGAUAACCUUCCAGUGGAGUCCCGUUCCGAUAGUGCAAGGGGGUGCAGCAGUAACGACACUCAGUUCCAAAGGGUGUUCGAUUUUUUCGACGAGGACGGAGACGGUAAAGUAUCAGCAGCAGAGUUGCAAAGCUGCGUGAGGACAUUAGGGGGGGAGAUAUCAAUGGAGGAGGCAGAAACAGCAGUCGUAUCAUCAGAUAAGGAUGGAGACGGGCUGUUGGGGUUUGAUGAAUUCCAGAAGAUGAUUGAGGGGGGAGAAUCAACGGAGGAGGAGAAGAAAAAGGAGCUGAGAGAGGCUUUUGGGAUGUACACGAUGGAUGGAUUAGGUUGCAUAACUCCAGCAAGUUUGAGGAGGACGCUGAGCAGAUUAGGGGAGUCCAGGUCCGUGGACGAUUGCAAGACCAUGAUUCGUGCCUUUGAUCUCAAUGGAGAUGGCGUUCUAAGCUUCGACGAGUUCACAGUCAUGAUGGCCUGAACUGAACCUUCCUCUUGAUUUCACUGUGGUUGUUUAAUUCUUUUAUUCAUUAAUUUAUCAUUUAUAUAUUUAUGUUACCUGCGACUGCUUCAAUAAUCCGAGUGUAAAUAGUGAUAUUCAAACUUUCAUUCACACUUCAAUUAUAUAAAUAUAUAUAUAUAUAUAUAGCAUGUACUAUGCAUACCUCAAUAAUCUUCUCAACUUUGU